UGUUUGUGAUUAUGUGUGUUUUUGUCCUCCGGAGGCCACAGAAACAGGGAGGAGACAUUAGACAGACUUACCCUGCUGAAUAGAACGCACUGUCCGUCCGCAGGCUCCGGGAACUUUGUGUUACCCCUAUCAGCUUCACUCUGAUAACACUGUGUGUGGUAACGUUAGUCCAAGUGCUGACUAAAGGUCUCAGUUGGAGCUGAUAGAACGGGUGCCCGCAGGCCGUUGAGCACUCAGCAGGACUCCUCUGACGGUCCAUCAUGAAUUUCUUCCUGGAAACAAUCCAAGUCCUCCUGCUGUCCAUGUGGUACAGUGUGGAAUCCUUCAUCCACCUCUUUGUACCCAUUAAGAGGAAGAACAUAGCUGGCGAGGUGGUGCUGAUCACAGGGGCAGGUAGCGGGAUCGGUCGCCUCAUGGCUCAGGAGUUUGCAGCUCUUGGCACUGUGCUGGUGUUGUGGGAUAUUAACCAGGAGGGGAUGAAAGAAACAGCUAGAUUGGCUAAACAAAGCGGAGCCAGCAGAGUCCACUACUAUCUGUGUGACUGCAGUGACAAGAAUGAGGUGUACAGAGUGGCUGACCAGGUGAAGCGAGAGGUGGGUGACGUCAGUAUUCUGGUCAACAAUGCUGGAAUUGUGACAGGAAAGAAGUUCAUGGAUGCUCCUGAUUCCCUGAUUGAGAAGACAAUGGAGGUCAACACUAUGGCUCACUUCUGGACCUACAAGGCCUUCCUUCCUGCCAUGAUUGCCAACAAUUACGGCCAUCUUGUCAGCAUUGCUAGUUCUGCUGGACUCAUAGGAGUCAAUGGAUUGGCAGACUACUGUGCCAGUAAGUUUGCAGCAGUAGGUUUUGCAGAGUCUGUGGGUCUGGAGCUGCUGGCAACUGGGAAAGAUGGCAUCAAGACCACGAUUGUGUGCCCGUACUUCAUCAACACUGGAAUGUUUGAUGGAUGUCAAACAAAGUGGCCAAGACUGCUGCCAAUCCUGGAUCCAGACUUUGUGGCCAAGAAGAUCAUUGAUGCUGUGCUCACAGACCAGGUCUACCUUUUGCUACCCAGGAGCAUGUACCUCAUUGCUGCUCUCAAGAACAUCCUGCCCAUGAAGCAGGGCAUCAUGCUGGGCCAGUACCUGGGAGCCUUCAACCUCAUGGACACAUUCAGGGGCCACUCCAGGAAACAGGAAUGAAUGAAGGAAUAAGAAGUUAAGGAUGACUGAAAUUAAAGGAGACAUGGCACUAUUAAAGCCAUCAGUGCCUAUUUUAAUAUUAAUCUUCCCAGUGUAUUGCUGUAAUAAUGAAGAUUAGGGCAAAAUGGUCGGUUGAAUUGGAAUUGUGGACUUAAACUCAACUCUCAUUUCACUGGUUCAUGUUUGAAUUUAAACACAUAAUGUCCAUUAGUCUCUUAAUCUCAAAAAAAAAGAGGAAAUGAAAUAGUAAAAUUUAACAGUUUGUAACUGAAUAGAAAAAUAAUGCUGAUUGCCUAUUACAUUCAGCCAGUCAGUCAGUGUUCUUGUUUACUACUACUUGUUGAGGACCAAUCCUGAUGAUGUAAUGAUGUAUCAUCAGUCAUGGGCGCCCACAAACAGCCAAGUUAAACACUUACUUGCAUAAGUAAAGGGAAAUAUGGGUUCAAAGUCAAAUGUAAUGUUUUCUGAAAUUUCCAAUUUGGACAUGAAUGUUUGUGAAAGUGUCUGUGUUUUGUUGUGUGGCCCUCCAUAGCUUACACCACACCAACAACAAACCGCAACUCUAACUCUGGACACAACUGUAGUUGCGUCAAAACAGGGUAACAGAUGAAAACAAGAAAAAGUGAGAACUGGUGAUUUAAAGGAACUGAAGUAAAUCAGUGGAUAACUGUUUAAAGAGAAAGAUAACUUCCAUUGUUGUCAUCGGCAAACCCUUCUCUUUUGUUCAUGAGAGGGCUAAUUAUCUUUGUUUUAUAAGGAAUUAAAAAAAUAUAUGUGCAAUACAAAAAUCCAACAUUAAUAAAACUUUCUAUCAGUAGACACAUCUUGUGGGCUGUCCUCCACAACGGAACCCUAGCAUCAGAAAUGAUACUAGCCAAUGCCCUGGCAGGAGAAUACACAGCUACAUCAAAUCUAUUGUAUCAGUAUAUCUACAGUAAUUAUUACAAUCUACUAAUACAAAAGCUAGAUAUUUGAUGUUAACAUGGCGAACACACUGGCACGAAGUAAUAUUCUGUUAUAAUGUCAUACUAACACUGUUGUGAAUGCAUGCAUAAUCAUUUCUGUUGGGUUUAAAUUAAUCAGUGUUGUGCAGUCUAAAUCAUUUCACAUUAAAAAGCAAGUGCUGAUACUCAGGAACAGUGAACCCCACUGAAGGGUUUAGAUAUCUGAUACCUCGCCUUCAUAAAGCUCUAUUUCACCUUGUGUUCACUUCGGGAAAUCUGUCUUUAUUCCCAAACAGCAAAUGUACAACAUGUUAAGGCAUUAGCUGUAAUUAGCUAGCAUUGUACUAGCUAGACACAAUGGCAUGCCACAGCUAGCAAGACUGUGUGGGGAGCCCCUUUAGGUUCUCUUCUUGUUUGUGUAUUUAAUUAAGUGGCAUAAGAAAGCCUCACAUGAAGCAGGCGUUUUGCAGUACAGUAUGUUCUUGAAGGAGGCAUCACUAUGUCAGAGAAACCAUAGGGAGCUUGUGUAUUGUAUUGCAUUACAGUACAGCAGCUUUCCUGAAGUCAUUGUUUUUGAAGUAAUAUGCAUGCAUAUUGCACUCAAUAUAUCCUCAAUUUCACAUUAUUGGUCCUUUUGUUGACAUUUAAUAAGCACAUUUACUAGCACACAACCCUUGGUCUGUAAUGUUGAUAUUACAACCAUUAUCACAAUACAUAUCUAUUAAUAUUAAUAAAUCAUUGUUUCAAUGUA